UGGCAGCAUACAAUGUAACUAACUACUGAUGCCAUUUUUGAAUGCCUCCCAAUCAUAGGAACCAACAUCAUCCUCUCCCCUUACCCUACAUUUUUGGUCCUAUACAUUAAAAAAAUCAUAUUUUUGUACAAAAAAUAAAAGAAAAGGGGGUGUUCUAUCUACUUGUGUACACACAGAAAGAGAAAAAAAAUAAUUUUUUUAAGAUAGAAAUCAUCAAGAAUUGGGAUUUUGUAAUGGAAAUGAAAUGACAUCCAUCAUUCAUUUUCAUGUGCUCUUCUUCUCUUCAAUCCCCAUAUAAACAUAUUGUGUUAUUCAUUCAUCUUUUCUUCUUGAAAUCUUUAUUAUUAUUACCUUAGCUUUCUAGGGUUUAGAGAAAAGGGGAGAAAGAAACUUAAAGCUCUCACCUUUAUACAUAUUUAUAAAAAUAUAUACAUAAUGGUGUCUCUCCUUUUCUUAUUUUAGUUUUUUUUUUUUUUUUUUUUUUGCAUGUAUAAGGAAUCAUUUGCUUUUGGGUGUCUUUGACAUAUGGAAUUGCUUUAUCAGAACAAAGAAAAAGAAAGAAAGAGAGAAUAUAUAAAGAGGAUAUGAGCUGAUGUUUAAUGGGUUCUUUAUGUUUCUGCUGUUGUUCAAUGGUCUUGCUUUCACCCCUUUCAUAGUUUGUUGUGAAAAAAUUCAAUCUUUUUUAAGAUAUAGGAAGAAUAUAUGUGUAUUGUUUGAAAGAGGUUUGUGGGGGUGGUGAAAGAUUAGGUUUUUUUCUUGUUUGAGGGUGAAAUGUUGGCAUUGGUAGGGGGAGAAGGUGAAAUGGAGCAAGAAUUUGAUGCAAAGUUAAAGAUUCAGAACAAUUCAGCUAAUACUCAGAGAUCUAAGAGCUUUGCUUUUAGAGCACCACAGGAGAAUUUUACAAUUCAAGAUUUUGAAUUGGGGAAGAUCUAUGGAGUUGGUUCUUAUUCCAAGGUUGUCAGAGCAAAAAAGAAAGAUACUGCGAAUGUUUAUGCCUUGAAGAUCAUGGACAAGAAGUUCAUCACUAAGGAAAAUAAGACUGCUUAUGUGAAACUAGAGCGUAUUGUACUCGAUCAGUUAGAUCAUCCUGGUGUUGUCCGACUAUUUUUCACCUUUCAAGACACUUUUUCACUGUACAUGGCGCUUGAAUCUUGUGAAGGUGGAGAGCUUUUUGAUCAAAUAACAAGGAAAGGCCGUUUGUCUGAAGAUGAGGCGUGCUUUUAUGCAGCUGAAGUUGUAGAUGCUCUUGAAUAUAUACAUAGUAUGGGAUUGAUUCAUCGAGACAUUAAGCCAGAGAACCUGCUUCUUACUUCAGAUGGACAUAUUAAAAUUGCAGACUUUGGCAGUGUAAAGCCAAUGCAGGAUAGCAGAAUAACAGUCCUUCCAAAUGCUGCAUCAGAUGACAAAGCCUGUACUUUUGUGGGAACAGCCGCUUAUGUCCCUCCUGAAGUUUUAAAUUCUUCUCCUGCGACUUUUGGAAAUGAUCUUUGGGCACUUGGCUGCACAUUGUAUCAAAUGCUUUCAGGAACUUCUCCGUUUAAAGAUGCCAGUGAAUGGCUCAUCUUCCAGAGAAUCAUUGCCAGAGAUAUUAGAUUCCCAAAUUAUUUUUCAAAUGAAGCCAGAGAUAUUAUUGAUCAGCUGCUGGAUAUUGAUCCUAGCAGAAGACCUGGUGCUGGACCUGAUGGUUAUGCUUCCUUGAAAAAUCAUCCUUUCUUUAGUGGGAUCGAUUGGGAGAAUUUGAGGUCGCAGACCCCUCCAAGGCUUGCCAUGGAGCCAAAAGCCCCGUCAACUCAUAGCAGUGGUGAUGAGCAAGAUCCUUCAUGGAAUCCAUCACACAUUGGAGAUGGUUCAGUUAGACCUAACGAUGGAAACGGUGCUGCUGCAUCAAUUUCUGAAGCUGGUAGCAGUAUCACCAGGCUCGCAUCAAUCGACUCCUUUGACUCAAAAUGGAAGCAAUUUUUGGAUCCUGGUGAAUCCGUCCUCAUGAUCUCGAUGGUGAAAAAGUUACAGAAACUCACAAGCAAGAAAGUUCAGCUAAUCCUAACAAAUAAACCAAAGUUGAUUUAUGUAGAUCCCUCAAAGUUGGUAAUCAAAGGAAACAUUAUAUGGUCCGACAAUCCUAAUGAUCUUAGCAUUCAAGUCACAAGCCCUUCACAGUUUAAGAUUUGUACACCAAAGAAAGUUAUGUCAUUUGAGGAUGCCAAAAACCGAGCACAACAGUGGAAAAAGGCGAUUGAAGCUCUCCAGAACCGGUGAUUCUGGUCUUUUUGUUGUUUUGACUACACAUUCUUUGCAGAUCGAACGGGGUUCCAGAAACAGUUGGAUGCUCCUAAAGAACUUCUUAUCAACACCACUCAAUUUUACAGCUUUACUCUCUCUAGUAGAAAUUUUCACUACACUUGUUAUCCUUGGAUGAAAGUUCACUACUGUUUACACAGUCACAUUUGUAUGUUUACAGACCUGUAAAGCCACAAAAGUUUUAAUUGAAAGAACUUGAUGAGCUGAUUUUAUCAGCUAUUUUGCU